AUGGAUUACACCAAAAGAGAUGAUGAGUACCCCCGGGACCAUCUGUACCAGAUGCCCUCAACACAUUUUCUGCUGGCUUUGAAGCCUCCAACUCCUGCCCCUGCUCCAGGCUCACUGUUCCACCAGGUGAGCUGCCUCUGUGGGUCUGCUGAGGAUGUGCAGAGGGGCUGCAGCGGGUUCACCCCCGGAAGUCCUGUAGUGACAUCUGCAGAGCACACAGCUGUGGUGGGACUUGGAUCCCACAACCAUGAGUGGUUGUACCGGCAGGAGGUGGAAGAUCUGGUGGACUGGUGUGGAGAGAAGAACCUGUGCAGAAAUGUGGGGCACACAAAGGAGCUGCUCAUGGAUUUUAGGAGGAGGAGGAGCCACAGCCCAUCCCCUCUGACUGUUAACGGAGCAACUGUGGAAAUGGUCCACAGCGACGUGCACGCGCGGGUGGAGGAGACGGGCGGACACUCGGGGGAGUGCGCGCGCAGCGGGGCCUGUUACGCGGGCGUCGCGCGCAGAGCCGCGGCCGUCCGCAGGGUCCGCGGAUCCGAACGUAACGUGCUGCUGCUGGACGCCGGGGACCAGUUCCAGGGUUCGGUGUGGUUCAACUUCUACAAGGGGGCGGAGGCGGCGCACUUCAUGAACAGACUGGGCUACGAUGCCAUGGCGUUGGGGAACCAUGAGUUCGAUAACGGCGUGGACGGUCUGAUGAAGCCUUUCCUUCAGGACAUUAAAUGUUCCGUCCUCAGCGCUAACAUCAGAACCGACUCUGUUCUGGAGUCCACGUUCGGGAACGCCUUCUUCCCAUAUAAGAUAUUCACAGUGGGCGGGCAGAAGGUGGGCGUGGUCGGCUACACGUCACAGGAAACGCCGGCGCUGUCCGAACCUGGUCCUCAUCUGGACUUUGAGGACGAGGUCUCGGCGGUCCAGCUCCAGGUGGACAAACUGCAGACGCUGGGGGUCAAUAAGAUCAUCGCUCUGGGACACUCCGGCUUCACCGUGGACAAGACGAUCGCCGCCAAGGUCCGAGGAGUGGACGUGGUGAUCGGAGGACACACCAACACCUUCCUGUACACAGGUCCUCCUCCGUCCUCGGAGGUCCCGGUGGGUCCAUAUCCAGUCCUGGUGAAGUCGGAGGACGGUCGGACCGUCCCGGUGGUCCAGGCCUACGCCUUCGGGAAGUACCUGGGAUUCCUGAAGGUGACGUUUGAUGACAGUGGGAACGUGGUGGAGUCCAAAGGGAACCCCAUCCUCCUGGACAGCAGCGUCCCCCAGGAUCCAGACGUUCUGGCUGAGGUGGAGGAAUGGAAGCAGAACUUGGCGAACUAUUCAUCUCAGGAGGUCGGACAGACUCUGGUGUUCCUCAACGGCAGCUCUGAAGAAUGCAGGUUUAGAGAGUGUAACCUGGGAAACCUGAUCUGCGACGCCAUGGUCGAUAAUAACGUGGGCUACUCCGAGGGCGAACAGUGGAACCACGUCAGCGCCUGCAUCCUCAACGCCGGAGGCAUCCGGACGUCCAUCGACGAGCAGACGAGGAACGGUUCCAUCACAAUGAAGGACCUGCUCUCUGUCCUACCCUUUGGAGGAACCUACGACCUGGUGAAGCUCAACGGGUCCACGUUGAGGAAGGCCUUCGAACACUCGAUCCGACGCCACGGUCAAGGAACCGGCGAGUUCCUCCAAGUGUCCGGGUUCCAGGUGGAGUUCGACUUGUCCAAACCUCCAGGACAUCGGGUGAAGACCCUGAAGAUCCUCUGCGUGGACUGCAGGGUCCCUCGGUACGAACCGGUCCAGGACCAGACGGUCUAUAAGAUCGUCCUGCCGUCGUACCUGGUUAUCGGUGGAGAUGGGUUCACUAUGAUCAAGAACGAGAAGCUCAAACACAACAGCGGCGACUUGGACGUUUCCGUGGUGUCCAACUACCUGAUGAAAAGACGAGUGGUUUAUCCAUCUGUCCAAGGACGGAUCCGAAUCUACAGCCACGCCUCCACACAGACCAGCACACUGGGUUUACUGGGGUCACUGGUUAGUCUGGUUCUGGUCUGGAGUCUAUGAAGGACCAGGUAGACCUGGAGUCUGUGAGGGACCUGGUAGACCUGGAAUCUAUGAGGGACCUGGUAGACCUGAACCCGGAGGACAUUGUGAAGUGCAUGAGGACGUAGACGGUGAAGAAAACAGGAGUUGUUUUUUAUUUAAAGUUCGAAGUCGCAGCUGCAGUUCCUCUGAUGUCCACUCGGCGGCAGCUCGGACAAAAACACAAGGAAAUGUCGAUGAAAACAGACUUUUUUUUGUGUUUGAAGAUUCUUCAGCUCAGGAUUUGUCGCAGAUAAAUCGCAAUGUUGUUAAAAUGGUCAGUUUACGGAUUUUGUCUGGAGUUGUUGAUGUUUCCUUGUUUAUAUUUACAAUUUUUUCUGAGGUUUUAGUUUUUUUAAUCAUUGUUUAAUCCAAGAAUUUCUGAGUAAAACAGAAACAGGAAUUUUCUUCUUUUGGCACCAGAUGAAAAUUCAUUCGAUGUACAGACCUGAUCCAAAUCUUCAGACCAGUUGAAAAAUAGCUAGAAUUGACCUUUUGCACAUUUGGAUCUUAAUGAGGUUUUAAGUAGAGCUACAAUAUACAAAAGCAAGAAGGGGGAGUGAGACAAAAAG